UGUCAUUCCUGCGACUAUCAAAUGAAACUCCUUUAGAGCGCACAAAUUCGUAUGAUUUUGUUUAGUAUGCAACCUUGCUCCUCGCUAGAGAAGAGACUGUUCUUGCUCUCUGUGGUGGCCGAAGAGGCUUUCUUCUCCGUUUGAAACUUCAUGCUACACAGCAGUGUCUUGAGACCAGCAAUCCCAUUUCUCUGUAGGCAUAUGUGCUGGUCUUUAUCAUGAUUUUAAUCCUAGGUUGCGUAAAUGCAAGUUUAGUAUCCAGAGCUCAACCACAAAAGAGAAGUAGAAGGUAGGUGCAACGAGGCACUUGUUUAUCCUCCGUAUUGAAGGCUUCCUCUUGUGGAGGAAGAAAAUAAUGCCUCUGCUUACUAGCCAAUUUCCAGAAAGUGGCUUUUGCAAUAUUCAGGUCACGUAGUGCUGCACAUCUCAAAUUCAGCCAGCAGCUGCACAUGCAGAAGAGCAGAUUAGAACAGGCAGCUUCCCUGUAAGCAUCCACGUUGGUAAUUUGAAAGUAUCUGUCUAAUUAGUUUUAUAUUAAUCUUAGCCGCAUGCUGUUUUUAAUUAUAUUAGAAAAUAACUGUUUCCGCUUUCAGAGAUACCCUGUAUGGAAAGGCUUGCUUUGGUGGUGCAGCUGACCCUGCCUAAUGCUCACCUGAAUUUUUUCCAGGCUGUGGUAAGAGCAUGAGAGUCUCGAAGGAAUUAUCUCGAAGCCACAGAGGUCUGAGACGUGAGUAGCAAAUGGAACCUGUGGAAAAUAGAGAGUAUGCACGUGAGGGCGAUACCUGCGUUGUGACGUGUCACAGUUUGGAAACGGAAGCUAAAAGAGACGGGGCUCCAGAGCCUGAAAAGGUUCAGGGUGUUUUUUCUUCUGUAUGUACACAUUUUGUCCUAGGUAUGGUUGGUGACUGUUACAUGCUGACACUUUGUCAUCUUUUUCCUUUUUCGUUUCUUAGAAUUCUGCUGCUGCAUAUGUUCAACGAGAGAUGCUCUCUGCGAGGGCUCCGCUGCAGCAUCUCGACUCGGGGAAGCGGCUCGUGGAGCGCGGUGCCCAGCCCGGGGACCCAAGAGGAAGGAAGUCAGGCGAGUUGUGAAACUUGGACUGAGAAGCAGAACCUGCCGACGGGGCGGCGUAAAGACGUCACUCAGGUUUCAGCAACUUCCAGCAUGCAGCUGGACCUCAGCUUGUGGGUGAGGAAGGAGCUGCCUCGGAGAGCACCAGCCCAGACCAAGUCAACUUUCACACCUACAGUGAACAUCAGGGCUGUGGUAACACUGAAGAAGGUUGCCGCUGUAAUCUUUUCCGGAAGAGCAAAGUGGGGAGAAGAGCAAGGACUGCGUUUGAGAGAACCUUCCUUCUUUUGAAACAUGCUUCGUUAAAGUGAGCGUCAUUGAGAAGCAGAUGAAACGUUCCCCCUGCUGCUGGUUUGAUUCAUUCUUUCUGAUAAGAAGGACGAAGACUGUGCCUAACAGAGCCAAACUUUUAGAAAAAGUCUUUGAAGCAAUACACUUC